GGGAGCAAAGCGGGGAUGUUGCAGAUGCACCGCGAGGGACGGCAGGAGCGUGGCUGCCCGGGCCCAGGUGUCCCCCACCUCCUGAGCCAGGUUACCUUUCACUCCAGGAGAGGGAGCUGGCCGCGGGUCCAAGUGUCCUCCCAUUGCCAGGAGGAAGUGGCCCGGGCUCGGGCGGCCGCUCCCCAGGAGGAGGACCCGGAGAGGAGGUGGCCCCGCCAUUGGCCGCGGGCGCUGUACCUGCGCGGCCCGGGCGCAAAGUCCACGGCGGCGCAGGUGGCCCCGGAGGCGCAGGCGGCCCCACGCCCUCGGCCAGGCAGGAUGCCCCUGCGGCGGCUCGGCAAGAGGAAGACCAAGGGCAACGAGGCGGCCAGGCUGGUGGGGGCCGAGCCGCCCCCCGGGCCGCCCGGGCCGCCCGCGCCGCCGCCCCCGCUCAUCUUCCACGCGCAGCUGGCGCACGGCAGCCCCACGGGCCGCGUGCAGGGCUUCGCCAGCGUGGCCGAGCUGUACGCGCAGAUUGCGGCCGCCUUCGACCUCCCGCCCUCCGAGAUCUUGUACUGCACUUUAAACACACCUAAAAUUGACAUGCAGAGACUCCUAGGAGGGCAACUAGGUCUUGAAGAUUUCAUAUUUGCCCACGUGAAAGGACUAAAAAAAGAAGUGAAUGUAUAUAAAUCUGAGGAUUCUCUUGGAAUCACCAUUACGGACAAUGGUGUUGGCUGUGCGUUUAUCAAGAGAAUUAAGAGUGGCAGCAUUAUUGACUCAGUUAAGACGAUCUGUGUGGGGGAUCAUAUUGAAUCCAUAAACGGAGAAAAUAUAGUUGGAUGGCGUCACUAUGAGGUUGCUAAGAAGUUAAAGGAAUUAAAAAAAGAGGAACUCUUUACUAUGAAGUUAGUAGAACCCAAGAAGGCAUUCGAAGUAGGACCGAGGUCAAAAGCUGGAAAGACAUCAGCAGAAAAUAUUGGUAAUGCCAGUGGGACCCUGCGUCUGAGAUACAAAGGUCCAGCCACUGUGGAAGAAUUGCCUUCUGAAGCCAAAGCAAAGGCGAUUGAAAAGAUUGACAGUCUCCUUGAAUUGUACAUGGGAAUUCGAGAUAUUGAGUUAGCUACCACGAUGUUUGAAGCCGGAAAGGACAAAGGGAAUCCAGAUGAAUUUGCUGUCGCGUUGGAUGAGAAGCUCGGAGAUUUCGCUUUCCCUGAUGAGUUUGUCUUUGAUGUUUGGGGGGCUGUUGGUGACGCCAGACAGGAGUGAUUUUAAUGUGGAUGAACCUGCUCUGAAGACAUGAACCAUUGUUCUUAAAAAACAAACAAACAAACAAACAAACAAACAAACCAAGAAUGUGACUCCUUAAGAAUUCUUAGACGACUUUAUGAACUCUGGUUUAAUUAUGUGUAUGGAAUACAUUCUUUGAUGUAUAAUUUUGAUUUCUGGAUGCUUUUGGAUGCAUUUGCUUCUGUGGUAUGGUUAAGAUAAAUUAUGUAAAAUAUGAUCUGUUUUAACUUUCAUUCAAAAGCUUUUUAAAGGCCAUUAUAGGGAGUAUUUCCACACAGACAAUUCUGUCCCCUUCCCUCAUUAAUACACCUGGGCUUUGUUUUUCACAUUAAGUAAUUGAUGGUAGAAGCUUUGUAAUUUUUUUAAUGAUGUCUUAAUGCAAUAAAAGUUUUAGAGUAUGGCA